AUGAAUUCACGGCUUACAACCAUUAUUCUCGAAUCAAAAAUCUCCAUAUUAUACAUAAUCUCACUUCUACUCUUUUUCUCAACCGUUGCACAGCAAGCGACCAUUGACCCGAGUCCAGGUCCUCGCGAUAGCCCAUGUCUUGCUGCUUAUGGCGAUAAAAUUUAUGUGUUCGGUGGUGCCGGGGAUGACGUGCGGCAUAGUUGGUUUAGUUAUGUGCAGGCUCCGUUUAACACUCAGAGUCUGAAAUGGGUUGCCUUGCCAACAACCGGUGCCCAUAAUGUGAGCAGUCGACCCGCGUGUGGCGUAACUUCCGCCGGUGUAUUAUUAGUUACGGGCGGUGGGUCAGGCGAUGCUAACUAUCAAGGCAUUCAGGCUUUCGACCUAACAAAAGGAACAAGUGGUCAAUGGUACACUCCAAAAACCUCGAAUCUUGAUACCGUCAAAUACCUCACUUAUGUCAAUAGUCAUAGGCUUGUGAUUUUUAAAACUUCGUUUGGAGACGAGGUGUUGUUUCAAUUUGGAGGGUCACCGGCAAACGAUACCUACCUACUACACAUUGGAAACAUGACAUGGGAAACAAUACCAAAGGGACCAACCACUCCACCUCCAAAUGGACUUUUUGGCAUCGGAUAUUCAAAAGACAACGUGUACAUAGUCGGUGGAAGUUCGGAUUUCAAUGGUGGUGUAUUCGAUGCCGUAUGGGGUUUCAAUGUCCCCACACGUCAAUGGUUUGACCCGCAAGCGACCAUGUCUACCGGGUGGUAUGACGGACACUUGGGAAAACUGAAUGACACUUUUUACAUAACUUCUAGUGCUAGUGACACCUUGAAAUCCUCCAUGAGAGUUUGGACUUUAUCAAACAAUUCUUUCUAUACCUAUGUCAAUGGCUCCAUGUCCACUCUGAGCCAUGAAUAUUACGCCAGCACACAACUCCCCGGAUGUGACGCUUUAGUUACAUAUGGUGGCAGCACAAUUAAUAGUAGCGCACAAGGAGACACAAAUUAUUAUAUGGGAAACACUGCUGAUUUACUCAUCUUCAACAUGACUCAGAAGGCAUGGGUUACAACUUACAAUUAUGUGACGAAUGCGCCAAUGGACAAGUUUGUUGGUGGUCCUUUGGCUCCCAACCAAGCGGAUCCUUUCCUAGUAAAGCCCUCUUCUACUUCAACCACGAACCCAUCCGGCACUUCAAAGACGGCACAGUCAGGUACCUCGGAUGGUGAUGAUCCUGCGAAAUCUAGCUCAUCAAUAAUAUAUAUCGGAAUCGCUGUGGCCGUAAUCAUUGUGUUGGUCAUAGGCGUCUGCAUUGGUAUUUUCUUUUAUCGCAGGAAAAAGAGCAAAGCUCAACCGCUCAACGACAAGGAUCAUCUCAACGUCGAUCCUAAUUUACAACUGUAUCCCUCCAAAUAUGACUCAGCAUCCGACAAAACUAACGAUUCACAAAAUGCCGUCUUAUAUUCGAAUUCUUUGAAUUCGUCAAGUGUUACAUUGACAACACAAUCAGGUGCCCCACAUCCAAUGCGCAUGCACGCUCCUCUUCCUGGUUCACGACUUAAGGAUGAGAUAUUCGGCCGUCACAAGGUUACCGCCAUGAUUUAUAAUCAACCAGAUGUUGUUCUCGCAGAACCAUCAGCUCCUUCUGGUACGAUCAUCCUCCAACGCUACCGGCUUAGCGGAAAUUCUGCUUACGGUGGAAACAACAUGAUACGUCAGGCUAUUGACGAACAAACUGACGAUCAGGUUGCCGUCAAGUUUUUCCAAAAAUUUGAAUCUUUCGAGCGCGAAGUGGUCAUGCUCAAGUACCUGCGAUCUCGUCAUGUCGGUGAAUUGUUGGCAUUAUAUGAAUUUCAGCCGAAACAGAAUUGGCCUUAUGCUGUGAUUUUGGAUUAUUAUCCACAGAGUAUGGAUAAGUUGAUACUCACAAAACUCUCUAACAUGGACGUCCUAUAUGUUAAACUCCUGAUAAAAUCGAUCACACAAGCGGUUCAUUAUCUUCAUACCCACAAAAUUGCUCACUUGGACAUCAAACCAAGUAAUUUUGUUCACGAAAAAUCCGAUAUCACGUCGUGGCGUCUCGUGGAUUUCGAAGCUGCACGAUUUGCGGGCGAGGAAUUGGUAGAUGAUUGCUCUCCACUUUAUUGCUCACCCGAGGUACUCAAUGCCGCAAAGACAAAUCAGUCUAUCGUCGCCUCAACCUCGAUGGAUGUAUGGUCGUUGGGUUGCAUGAUUUUCGAGCUAUACACGCACACACCGCUUUUCUAUUCUGAAGAAGAAGCCAAUGAUAAAUUAACUAAAAGUUUUGCAAAAGGCGAAUUAGUCGAUUUUCCACUCAACAAAAUCUCGGAUCCACAAGCUAGAAACAUGUUGGAAAAAAUGUUAGCCGUCAACCCAUCCAAAAGAAUCUCGUGCGAGCAAAUCCUUCGAUCGGCCCUCUUAAAUUCGGGUUUGGACACCAAGCAGCUUUCUUCGUUACAAAAUGAGUCAACCAACAAGAUUAUUACGGCUGUAAAUCAAAACACCAAUACCAUCCUCUCCACUCUCCAAGAAACAACAAACCUCAUCCUCUCGCAUAUUGAUGCUGUGAUGAACAGCAUAACAGAUACUAUGGAUGCCUCAAUACCACGCUUGUAUAUUUUGUUGCCAGGUCAAGAUUCACAUACCAUAUUCAAACCUCACACAUGGGGAAGGAACACGUUCGUUCUACACCUUCUUUGCGAAGGUCUAAAAUAUGAUAACCGAGGAGCACACUGUACGAGCCAUAAAGGAUAUGAAAUUCAUGAUCCGAAACCUUUACUGGCAAAAGCCGGUCCAUAUCUAUCCAUUAUGGCCACGGUUAUCACUGCUGGGGUUGGUCUACUUACAAACUCAUCCAUGUCAUCCAAUGUCAGUGAUAUUAUUUGCAAGGUUUCAACUCGACCCACAGAAUACUUUAAGCAGUUGACACAAGUUCUCGAUGUGGAGAUCACCAAUACAACGCAUGCAAGAGAUAUUGAGAGAGUAAAAAACGAUCCUAUUGGCCGAAUGAAAGUUGUCCAAGGCGCUGCAUUAAGGGAACUCGAAGUAUUCUUAAAAGAAAAUGAUAAGUCAAUGGAAUUGGGUGGCCUUACACGCGUUAUAAUGAAAGACGGACGAUGGCGGUGGCAUUAG